GUGUGUUUGUGCGUGCGUGUGUGUGUGUGUGUGUGUUGUGUGUUGUGUGUUGUGUGUUGUGUGUGUGUGUGUGUUCGGGCAUCCUCGAUCUUCUUUUUGCGCGUCUACCACUGCAGUGCUGGCUACCACUUCAUGUGUCGUUCGUGGCCCAGGCUUCCGUUGUUGUGCCUACUUGCUUUGGUCUGCCCCUCGCGCGUGAUGUUCACGGCGUCGGCUGGAGCUCAAGCCCAAUGAUGACGCGCGGUUCAAAUUCAUUCUUGCGUCCCUGCUAGCUUACGACGCGUUAGUGCUUCACAUCGCCAGAGGUUUGAUCUAUUUCUGUCCUCCUCGCGCCCCGUGCCUGUGAUCUCAUGGCUGAUUGCAAUCAUGUUCGUUACGCGCGCGAUGCAAAGUGUGUGUUGCGUCUCCCGCUAGCGUGCGACGCGAUCGUGGUACGCAGUGUCGAAGCUGGGAAGUGUGUGCGCAUCUGUCCAUGUGGCUCUCCAACCUGAGAGGACACUGCCUCGGCCAAGACGCGGUCCUCAUGCGUGCGAUUGCAAUCUGUAUUUGCGCGCCCCGCAUUGCGCUGACAAGGGCGCAUGUGUUGUGUGUGUGUGUGUGUGUUUGUGUGUUGUGCAUUUCGUGUGCCGCGGUCCGUCGUUCUGAUGAGUACUGUGUGUCGCAUGCCGCAUGAUGUGGGCUUUGUUCUUGCUGUUCGCAGGGCGCCGUGCUGUGCGUGCAGAGGUGUCGUUCCCAUGCUCCUUCUCCUCUUCAACCGAGAGUGUGUGUUUUUUUCAGCAGGGCGUUCGUUGCUGUUGGUUUUGUUGCUGUUUGGCUUGGAGCUCGCUUCGGGCCACCAGGCCGUCCUAUCGUGCUCUUCAGGGGCGGGGCACUCCGCAAAGCCAUCGUUCGGAGGAGAUCUGUCCCCUCGCGCUGGCGAUGUUGGGCAGCGUGGGCGAGGAUCCCUUUGUGGACCACCAAGGCGACGAGGACGAGGACGCCGAGGAGGACGAGGACGAGGAUGAGGACGACGACAUUGGCGAGCUAGGCCGAACAACAACAAUCAGACCUGCUGGCGCAGGGGUGAGCACGAGCAGUCUGGGAGGUCUGCAGGGCGCCAGCAGCAGCACGGGUGCCAGCGCACCCGUUCCGAAGCAUAUGCCCAUCAAGAACACGUUCGUGCACUUUGACGACUCCGAUCGCAGAGAGGCGUCGCCUCUGCUCCGCGCCGAGACGGACCCGACGGGCAGCAACGUCGACCUGCCCCGCUGGCCCAGCCACCACCAGCGCGCCGUUCCGGCCCAGCCCCACGACGGAGAGCAGGACGCUGGCGCCGAGCGGGGCUGCUGCCUCUCGGGGUUCGACGCCGAGCUGGCGGCCCUGAGCACCCCGACGGCGAGCCAGGACGGCCCCGCGGCGCCCUCGGCGCCCUUCCCGCGCGACGGGGCGCUUCCACGGCCCCAGCUGGCGCCCUCGGGCCUCCACGCCCCGAUGGGCACGCUGCAGCCGACAGCCUUUGGCCUGCCGGCCAUGGCGUGCGCGCCGGUGUGGGCGCCCGCUGGCGCCGCCGCGUCCUGGGAGGGGUGCGAGCCCUACCAGCUGCCGCCAGUUGACGGCCCGCCCCUGGGCUCGCUCCAUUGUUUUCACCGCGAGGCCGCGGGGUUCGGCGCUGUCAGCCCGGACUUCCGAAUGUUCACCAAGGGCCCGGCCUACGCGGGCCGGCUCAGCGUGGUGUCCGAGGGGGAGGUGCACAUGGGCGGCGUGCACAGGUAUCUCGUGCAGUUCACCAGCGGGGAACUCAGUAGAGCGGACGGCGUCGGCUUCGUGUUCGCCUCGCAGCUCCCGUGCCCGAAGAACAUACAGAGGAUAUGCUCGAUCUUCGUGAAUCAGCGGGGCAUGAUCUGCAUGAGGAUAUUCGGAGAGGUCAUCAAGGCUCCAGCGCACGUGAAGCCUCUGAAGAUCGGUGACUGGGUGGAGGUGACCAUGGAUCUCGAGAACCGCGUCUCGACCUUUAAGCUGUGGACGCAGGAUCCCAACACCGGGUGGCCGGCGGCCUUCACGCCGCCUCGGUCCACGGCUGAGUUCCGCUUCAACAAAAAGUUCAACAGGGCUGGCCAGGCGGCCGACAAGCCGCUCCGGUUGAACGCGGGGUACUUGGCCUGCGUUGUUCAGAACGUCGAUGUCACAGUUACUUUCGGCUCCUGAGCCCUGCUCUGUCUUUAGCGUCUGCGGCCUGGUGCUUGUAAAUUGCUGUGCUAGCACAGAGCACGGCGCCGCAUGUGUCUUGUACCCUCGUCCCCCGAUCGCGGAAGGCCCCCUGGCACAGUUAGUGGGCGCAACUCAUCGAGGCACCCCUGGCCAGAAUCGGCUUGCGCAUCACGGAAAAGUUGAGCCGCUCGUCGGCCUGCCCCGCGUGGCAACACCUUCAGCUAUAUUGUGGGCGUUGUGCUGGGGCGUGGACUGAGAAGAACGAGAGGCUGCAUUCAUAAUGCCAGCACGACCCUGCAUUCACCAGAGCAUCCGGGCGGAAGGGCGUG